AUGCCUACGAAAUCUACACCUCCCAUUCGAAUUCAGCCGAAGAAAUCCACCCAUGUAAGGUUCGCCCAAGUUUCUUCUUCAGAAGAAGAAACAAAGUCAUCUGAAUCAAAGGAGAUCGCGGCAUUGAUAGUUAUGUUGGUGAGGAGAAUGUCGAAGGAUCAUGUUGUAGGUUUAGAGCAUGAUGGUGAAGGCAACGAAAACGAAGGAACCCUGGACGAUCAUAACGACGCAGAUGAAGAAGUGAAUCUCGACGGUGAAGGUAUUGGAAACGAAGGUCAGAAUGACGACCAGAAUGACGAUGAUGAUGUUGAAGGACUAGAGGAUGGUGGUAAUAGAGUGCAUGAUGGUGAUGUAAAUGCACCAGCUGACCAGGCGAAGUCCCUGAUGGACAUGGGCGGUUCUUCUGCUUUGGACCAGGCGACCAUCGCUCAUAACCAGAUAGCUUCGGUUCUUUCGGACUUAGCGAAGGACCCUUACGAGGCAUAUACCACAGUUCCUUCCACCGCCGUAAACUCUGGGAUUCCCUUUAUGGAUCAAUUUUUUGUCGAGGAUGACCAAAUUAGAGACGUAAACCCUUCACCUGCGAAGUCUGAAAAAACAUUAGAAGAUCGUGCAAUUGUUAAUGAGCACCUUAAAGCAGUGGAAGAGCCCCCUAUCCCAGCACAAACCAGCAGUGAACUCCCACAACAAGGAAAGGUUACGGAUGUCGUAAAGCCCGUCACAAAUAGCGAAAUCCCUGAAGGAGUUGAACCUCCUGUUUGGUCACUCGGUCUUACACAAGAAGAAAAAAACAUGGUAGAGGCCAAUAAGAUUCCAAGCGAGGAGCCCCAGCCGGUCCGUAAAAGUAAACGAGUGGCCCAACCUUCAACCACAAUGUCAGACUACGUGGUUCCACGCCCAAAACGAUCUAAAAAGAAUGACAAUUUGGUGGACUUGAGUCAUUUCUUCGCGCCACCCACUCCUGAGCAACUCACUUUCCUACAAACAAGGAUGGAAGAAAGUCGUGUCAUUAGGUUGUUCUGGCAUCAGCUUUCUGAAAUUAACGAUACCCAUUCGAAAGUUGACUUCGUUGAGUAUGCCUUCAUUCACCAGAUUGAAGAGCUCUACCCGAAGUUCAUAAACCCGCCCAAAAAGAAACCAGUCACACUACCGACUGGUGCUCUUGAAUAUGUCAAAUCUAGGCGGUCAUGGUACACUCAGAUUGGUCGUAUUUACUGUCCCUACGAAGUGGACUGUAAAUACUGGGUUGGGUUAUGCAUCGAUUUUGAGAGCCAUGAGAUAUUUGUCCUCAAUCCUUACGAGACUUUUAAGGAGAUGAAGCUUAAGACCAGUGUCUCCCCUCUCGCUCAGUGCCUACCUCAUUUCAUUAGGAAAGUCGCCUACAAUACCGAGAUGAAAUCAGACACCCUUAUCCCGUUCACGAUCAAGGUCGUCAAACCGAUGUUCCAGACACUGAACCUAGGGCUACUUGGCUUGAUGACGCUCAUGUCGCUUCAAUUACACUCUUCCAAUAUAUCACUUGAUAUGGCUAUCGGUGAUGAUGUUGUUCGUGAUGCCGCUCUUAAAUUUGCUUACGAUCUCCUUUGCCUGAUCGAACCGUCUUCGUGA